UUUUGUUGCAUCCCUGGUAAGUUCACGUUUUUGAUUUUCAACAUAAACAAACGAGAUAUGACGGAAAUAAGCAAGCCAAAUAUAUUAAUUACCGGUACUCCUGGAGCCGGCAAGUCGUAUUUGUGUGAACGUUUGGCCGCACAGUUAAAGUUCAGCUGGCUGGAUUGCUCAAAGAUAGCAAAGGAAAAGAAUUUCAUUGAGGAAUAUGACGAGGAAUACGACUGUCCCAUUCUCGACGAGGACAAGCUCAUGGAUCACCUCGAACCUCUGAUGGCCGAUGGCGGCAACAUCGUUGAAUAUCAUGGCUGUGAUUUCUUCCCAGAACGCUGGUUUCAAGCUGUCUUCGUCGUCACCUGCCCCAACAAAACCCUCUACGACAGACUCAAGGAACGCGACUAUAAUGAAAAAAAGCUAACGUCCAAUAUACAAUGCGAAAUCUUCGGCACAAUAUUGGAAGAAGCGCGGGAAUCGUAUAAAUCUGAUAUAGUCUACGAGUUGUCCGGGGAGACAAAGGCGGAUGCCGAAAAGAGUCUAAAAACAGUUAAAAAUUGGUAUAGCAUGUGGAAACGCAAGUGAAAAUAGAAAGUUAUAAGUAUAUUUUAAGUAAUUAAUCCUUAUAAAUUAUGGACAACUGUUUUCUUUUUCA